AGUUGUUUCUGUUUUGAAGUGCACGGCCAAAUUUUGGCAUUUCGGCGCCAAAUAAAAUAUCGUUCGAUUAGUACUGUUUGAAAAUAAAUAUGCAGAAGUGUCCAGCUUGUCCUAAAUGUUCUGCCCAUUUCAUUGCAAAAGACAGUGGACGAUUACACAAGAGACCUCUGGUAUUGAACUGUGGCCAUACAUUCUGUGAGUCAUGUCUGCUGCAAUUGGCAAGGGAGAAAAAAACAAGCAUCAUAUGUCCAUCAUGCAAGGAAGAAACUGGACUAUUAUCAGGGGAGAGCAGCGUGAAACUACUGUGUCCUGACAGAUAUAUCAUGGGUACUGUUAUACACAACCAGAAAACACUGCUUGAACAAGAAUUAUUAAAACUGAAAGAAGCCAGUGAGAUAGCCGGACAGCGUCGACACACAUCCUCAGGUUGUUCCGAUAGUUCACAAUUGUUGUCUGAGGUUGAUCCAGAUAGAUUAUGUAAGGAAUGUACCAAAAGACCUGCAACCAGUCACUGUGCCAAAUGUGAAUGUAAUAUGUGCUCUGUAUGUUUUCAAAGGGUUCACAGUUUGUCAAGAAGUUUGCAGUUACAUACAGCAGUACCGUUAUUGGAGGAAGGACAGUUGGAAGUAUCACAGAUGUGUAAGGAACAUGAGAACCGACCUAUAGAAUACUACUGUGAUGACGAUGAUAUGAUUAUAUGUUCACGAUGUGUCAUCGUUGGAAAUCAUAAAGGACAUAAUAUAUCUUCUAUUGAGGAUAAGAACCGGUGUAUUGUGAAUGAAAUGGAACCAAAUCUUCAAGUAGCCAAUCAUGUGUUCAGAAGAUUGAAGAAAAUAGACAAGGAAUUUCCACUGCUGGUACCAGAUUUUAAGAAAGAGAUGUCUGGAGUAUUGGAGGAUGUUCGAGCCCACUUCCAGCACCUCCAUGGUAUAUUACAGAUCAGGGAACAUGCACUAGAACAACAGGUUCUUCAUGUGGUCAGGGAGGGGCUGCAACCUAUAGAAAAAUUGAGAAGUGACUUACAUAAUGAGUUUAAACAGCUGGACCAGACAAUUAAAGCCGCUCACAGAAUAAUGAACAACAAUGAUGAGGUUAUAGUGAAUGCAAAGGAGAUUUUAGAAAAACUGGCACAUGCCAAGGACAUUCCGUGUAUCAUAGAACUCACUGAAAGCACUGAAUCUACUGAAAAAAUUGGAUUUAUGGAAGGUCCCUCAGUUGACACACUGCUGAAAGAGUAUGGAUCUAUUUGUGGGUCAGUGCCACAGAGGUUUACAAUGUUCACACUGAGAGAUAAGCCAGAAAAGUUCUCGGAGGACACAGACAGCUGUGUGACAACACCACCUGGGUCAGAUUACCAGAGUGUGACGUCAGAGACCACAUCACAGGGAGAUGAUGUCAUUAUUGAAGAGGAGCAGGAGAUUGUGUUAGAAGAUGAUGGAGCAAAAUCUGUAAAAUCUAUCAAAGUUGCCCAGCCUUCAAAAUUUGCGAGGAAAUCUUUACCAAAGAAGAAAAAAUUCAAAGGACAAAAUGAGAAUGUAGUUGUGACACAUAUCCAGAGUCCAUGUAAGUUUAUGGUACAGUUGAAGAGAGAUUCCUCAAAGAUAGCAGUAUUGUCUCACAGUCUCCAGCAGUUCUGCAAUAGUCUUUCAACAAAACACCAUAUGGUCACUGGGGUAGAUGUAGAUGACAUAGUGUUAGCUCAGUAUUCAUUGGACAACCUGUGGUAUAGGGGGCGUAUCAAGCAUGUUAUGGAGCCAGAAGAUGGGCAAUUUGAAAACACAAAUGUUGAAAUAUCUUACAUAGACUAUGGAAAUACUGAAGUGGUCAAUGUGCAAAGAUUGAGGAAUAUGCAAGCCAAGUUUAUGAAACAUCCUGAGUUUGCAAUAGAGUGUUGUCUUUUUAACACUACUUCAAAGGUUAAGGAUGGGACCUGGUCUGUAGAAGCUGUUCAGACAUUUGCUAAAAUGGUAGAAAGCAAGGUUAUGCUGCUGACAAUUGUACGUGAAGUAAACAACAUAAUGUAUGUAGAUCUGUGUAAACCAGCAGAUGAUGAUAUUGUAGAUGAUCGUCCAAUGUCUGUGCGAGACGCACUGGUGUUCCUCGACCUUGCCAGGUUUGAAUCUCCUUGCAGUCUACCUGAACCAGGAGGUGCUCCAGCCCCAAAGAGAAAUUACCUUACCCCAACCCCUAUGGAACAAGGUCAAACGUACUGUGUUAUUGUAACCUAUGCUGGAACCCCAGACUGUUUCUAUGCUCAAGAGUUGGGAGAUGAGACAAAUUACUUAGCAACAAUGAUGGCACAUAUACAAGAUACUUACAACAAACAGAUGAAAGAUACCUGGCAGAUCAUCUGUCCUUCUGUAGGUAUGAUUUGUGUAUCACAGUUCAGUGGGGAUGGAUUAUGGUACAGAGCAAAGAUCGUGGACUUGCCAGGUCACCAGGAUGUAGUUGUACAGUAUAUAGAUUAUGGAAACAAGGAGACAGUACAUGUAUUCAACUUAAGGAAGAUUAUAGACUCUUUCCUUGUUCUCCCCGCACAGGCAAUUCAGUGUAUGUUAACAGAUGUUGAGCCACUAAAUGCUAAUGAAGGCUGGACUACUGAGUGUCUACAUUACUGGUCAGAGAAAGUGCUGAUGAAAAAGUUCUUUUUGAAAGUGAUCAAGACGAACAAUGAGCUGAGUGUUGUGCUGCGUGAUUUGGAUACAGAGGAUUAUUGUGAUACACUUAAUGUCAAGGUGGUUGAGGAUGGCAUGGCAAGAAGUGUCGGUGAAUGGUCAGAGCCCCAGAACAUCACAGAGUUAGCCAAUGAGAUGAGUGAUGUUGUACCAAGGCUGUCAUACCAGGCUGGCAGUGGAUCAUUCCCGGAACCUUGUGACCUGGGACACCAGCCUGUGUACUGGAAAUCUAGGAACUCGAAGCCAUCAAGAAGGUAUGAAGAGACUGUCCUCACACCUCCAGGUUCCCCAGACCACACAUCACAGCCCAAGCAGCAUCAGCCAAAACAAAACCAGCCAAAACAACAUGUGGAAAAAUCAACAGUUGCUCAAGCCUUGUUACAGAAUAGUCCAUCAAAUCAAAAUAGUGUUGUUGAGAAGAUGAGAAGUCCAGGCAAGAAAUCACCAACUACCACGCCAAACAAAACACAUGCUAGUCCAGUAAGGAAGGAGAUUGAUAGUGAUUCUUCAACUAUGAGCAGUUCUUUAACUGACACAGGAAGAGAAGCUGGAAAAAUAACAACAAAGAAGUCUCCAAGUAUGAAGAGCAAGAUGAAGAGUGAGAGAGGAAGUGGUGAGAAGAAAAAGAACAAGAAGAUUGAGGUGGAAGUAACUGUUAGCCACUUUGUCUCGCCCUCGGAGUAUUAUCUGCAACUUGUCAGUGCAAAGGAUGAGCUUGAAGCACUGAUGUCGGAGAUAUUUGAGACAUACCAUAACAGUGUUAUGACUAUGACAAAUUGGUCGGCAGGAAAUUACUGUGUCGCAUACUCGACUACAACUGGCAGAUGGUACCGAGCAAAGAUUACCAAAGUUAUACAGAAAAGUCUAAUGGAGGUACACAUGUUGGAUUAUGGGUUCUCGGAGAUGAUCAGCACGAAUAAUUUACGUCAAGUGAUGAAGCAGUACAGGAAGAGUCGAGCGUUCACGUUUGCCUGUAAGCUGGCUGGGGUAACUCCAGCAGGAGGAAUGAAGGAAUGGUCUAAAACAGCCUGCGAAUUCAUGGAAGCCAACAUCACCAACAAAAAACUUUUCCUGAACCAGAGAGGAAAUCCAGUGGAUGGAAAGUUACCGUGUGAUCUCAUAAUUGAAGAGUAUAUUGAUGAGACAGCUCUGGAGCCAGGACGUAAGACAUACCACUCCCUGAUAGACAGGUUAAAAGAGAAAGGCCUGGCAAUUCCCAUACCAAAAAAGCAUGGGGAAGUGCAUGAUAAACAGAAAGUGUUUCCUGUCUGUUACUAUAAGAAGGCAGAGGCUGAGGUUAAAACAGGGGAUAAAGUGAUGCCAGUAUAUGUUGACUAUGAUGCUGUUAUACAUUGUUAUACCAUGGAGGGAGAUGACAUAUUUCAAAACAUGUGUGACGUCCUGCACCAGAAAUUUAACAACAGUGAACCACCUGGACCAGAGCAGACAUAUGAGAAGGGUCAGGCUUGUGCCGCAUUCUAUGAGAAAGAUGGACAGUGGCAUCGAGCUACAGUGCUUGAAAUUGAACCAACUAAAGUUAAGAUACAUUUCAUUGACUAUGGUAACAGUGAGUGGGUGGGGUAUGAAGAUCUCCGUGCUGAUAUUGAAGAAUUUACUGAUAUUCCCCAGCAGACAUUUUUAUGCACACUACAUGAUGUGAGACCACUGACAGAGAAUGGUAAAUGGGACCUGAACACACUGGAGAUGAUUCACAAAGAUCUAGUGAACAAGUACUGUAUUAUAACUGUGAUGGAGAAGAAUGGAUAUGAGCAUGAACAUAUGACAGUGAAUAUAGAGGUGAAUGGUAAAGACUAUGGAACACAUCUUGUACAUUAUGGUAUGGCACAGCGUGGAGACUAUAUCACAGACCAGGAGAUGCAGAGUGCUCAGAUAGAACAUAUUUUACAGAAUAAAAAUCCAUUCAAGAUGAUGACAUCACCUGAACUUGAAGAGAUGUUGUCAGUGCUGGUUACACAUGUAGAACUGCCAGAUAUUGUUUACAUACAGCCAAGUAAAGUAGGUGUAACAGAUGAAAUGGAUAUUAACGAUCCUCACAUGAAAAAAGUUAUCAAAAGGAACAAACAGCUGGAGAAGUUGGAGAAACUGUCAUCAGAUCUUUACCAUGCAGCUCCCACCUUACCAGCUAUACCGGUACCUCACAUAGGUUUACCAUGUUGUGCACAAUUUGGUUACGAUCAGUGUUGGUACAGAGCUGUGAUAAUCACUGUUUAUCAAGAAACUCAACAGAUUCUUGUUUUGUUUGUGGACUAUGGAAACUCAGAAAUCAUCACAUACAAUAAAUUGCGGGCGAUUCCACCCAGUUACCUCAAUCUGCCAUGUCAAGCUUUGAGAUGCAGAUUGUCUAAAUUAAAGCCAGCUGCUAACACUGUCUCAUGGACAAAGAAUGCUCUAGUGGAGAUGAUGUCUGUUGUUGCUAAUAAACCUCUCCUUGCUAAAGUUGUAAAAGAUGAUCCAUUGAGAGUAGAACUGUAUGAAGGAAGUGAAGAUGCUGGGUAUGUGUAUCAGUCUGUGAUUGACGGUGGAUAUAUACAGCUUAAUACUUCUUCACGUGACAGUCCUGUGACCAGUCCCAUUGUAAAGGAAGUUGUGACAGUUAAAAAAACAAUUGAGGUGAACGUUCCUGAAGUGGUAGUUACAAAAGCUCGUGAGGUAAAUGUUAAAACUGACUCAGAAAGUGAAUCCUCAAAACAAAAUGUUUCAGUAGUUAGUGUUGCAGAACAGUCAAAAGUUGCUGUAACAACAGAAAAGAUGGUUAAUGACACUGGUGCUACAAUCUCACAGAUAACAGUUGACAGUACAACUGACGAUGACAGAAGUGAAAUCAGUUCUGUUUCCGUGGCAACAGUCUCAACUACAACUGGUGAAAAAGUGAGUAAAUCAAGUAAAUCUUGGGCUGAUAUGGCGGAGGAAGGAUCUUCUUUAGACGUUGACGAAUUACUCGAGUUUGAAGACUCAGAUCAAGAAAAAACUGGCAGUGCUUCAGAAGCGGAACAGAAAAAAUAUGAAAAUGAAGGUGAUCAAAGAAGGUCACAGAAAGAAAAAAAGAAAAUAGAUCCUGAAGACAGAAAGAAAACAAGAGAUUCUAGGAAAGUUGAAGUUGUUCAGCACGAAGAUGAGUGCUUUGAGUGAUAAAACAAGAGACAGAAGGAUUGGGUAUUUUAAUGGCUGUAAGUCAGAGGGAUAAGGUUAUAUUGUAAGGCAGAGAGAUUAUGGUAUAUAGUAAGGCAGAUGGAUUAAGGUAUACAGUAAGGCAGAGGGAUUAGGGUAUAUGGUAAAGAAGAGGGAUUAAGGUUACAGUUUCGAACUUGUAUAUAGAAAGAUUUUGAUAAUUAAGUUCAUUGUUUUAUUCAUAGUCUUAGUAUGUCAUGUAGGGAACAUGAGUUAUUAUUGAAUUAUGUUUUUACAAAGUAUUAUGAAGUUUCAAUCAUUCCAUGUUAUUUUGUUGACACACUUCUGCAUAAUACGAAAUUUCUUUCAUUUCUGCUGAUGUAUGCAUUAAUGUUAAAAUCUAGUAGACAUGUCGUUCUGGUACAGUUCCAUAUCUGCAAUGAACAUAUGUAGAUAAGAUUUAGGAAAACUAACUCUAUGUUUGUGGCUAGUCGGAGGUUUUGUUAUGUAUUAAACCAAGGCUUGCUUCUCUGCAAGGUAAAAGACUGUUAUUCUUUUAACUUAAACCAGUCGUUUAUUAUAACUGUCCUGAUGCGGGAGGCAUAUGAUUGUCCUGUCCGUACGAGGUUAACCAAAUGGGACCAUUUCAUCUAGUAUCAAUACCCCUUACUAGAAUAACUUGAUACUAAUGCAGAUGUAACCUGUGACCAUUCCUCAUCUUCAGACAUCGCCUGACCUCAGUUUGACCUUGACCUCAUUUUGGACUUAGGUUGCUUUAUAUGGGCCAUCUCUUGGUUAACCAAAUGAGACCGUUUUGUCUAGCAUCAAUACCCCCUACAAGAAUGAAUUGAUGCUAAUACAGAUGUAAACUGUGACCAUUCCUCAUCUUCAAACAUCACCUGACCUCAGUUUGACCUUGACCUUGACCUCGUUUUGGAUUUACGUGCAAAAUCUAUCGACAAGGAUGCCACUGGGGGCAUCAAGCGUUUAUUGAACGCAGCUCCUUGUUUUAUUUAUCUUUUCUAGUUUUUCUUGAUUUUUCCUGUUCUUAUUGUUAUUGUCAGAUUUAGUUUAAUUUCUAAAUUUAACACUAAAAGGUUAAGUUGGAAUGACCUCUUUCACCUUGAUCUCGAAAUUUUAUUUUUAGUCUGAUACCAGUGCUUAAGGAUGUUUUUCAUAUUUCACUGGUAACUGAACCUUGUAACUAAGAUAAAAGUACUUUUAUGCAAAUCUCCUUUUCAAAUUAGAAUUUAUAACUAUCUUGGUUGCUGUUGUGAGUGUAGAGUAGGGUAAUUUAUUGGUCAAGAAAGGGUUUCGAGUAUUACAGUUUUAUCACUUCAAAAUUUUGGAUAGAUUGUUUGUAGACCUAAUGUUUUUUGGGUUUUUGUAUACAGAAAAAUUGUAUAAUUGAAACAUUGUAGAAUUGAUAAGGAAACUGUAUAGCUGUAUAUUUUGUAAUAUAUCAGUUGUUGAUUUAUAUGUACAGCAAUUUUUUGUGAAUUCUUCACAUCUUCUAGUCAUUCUUUUGUUUUUGCUUGUCUUUCAGCCUUAGAAAAAAUCAUCAAUUAAUAAAAUUACAAUGUAUAAAAUAAACCACUGUUUUAUGUGUCAUGAACAUAUUGAAAGGAAACACUUAAAUAUAUUAUAAGCUUGUCACAUGAAAACGUAGUUGAGCCAUGCCAUGAGAAAACCAACAUAGUGGCUUUGCGACCAGCAUGGGUCUGGUCAGGAUCCAUGCUGUUCGCUAAACGUUUCUUUAAUUGCAAUAGGCUUUGAAAGCGAACAGCAUGGAAACUGACCAGAAUGUGCGGAUGCGCAGGCUGGUCUGGAUCCAUGCUGGUCGUAAACCCACUAUGUUGGUUUUCUCAUGACACGGCUCAGUUCAUUUUAUUAAGUUUCAUCAGCACAUUGACAUUAUAAUAUAUAAAAGAAUUUGGACUCUAUUAAAAUUCACAGUAUUAAUUCUCCUCGUUUCUAGUAUUUAAAAAAAGGUUUUGCCUUCAUUUAAAAAAGUUCCAUCAUAUAUGAUGACAUCAUUUCUCAUUUUGUAUUUCUUUUUAAACUCUUCAUAGCCCAGAAAAAUUUAUACAAAGAAUAAUGAAUUUUGGUCAUUAAAAUUGACAUUUUUAAAGAUACCUUAAAAUUUCAUAUUAGUUUCUGCUGUCAUCCCAGUAUACCUUUUGAAUGAUUGAUAACAUAUAUCUAAGUUUUUUCAACUUUGGAAGGAUGGUUUGGGUGGGAGGGGGGAUAAAACGUGAGCGUUUGUUGGAUCAGACAAUAGGUAAGUGUAUGGUAAUUUUUCAUUGCCUAUUUCAAGGCAGACAUUUUAGAGUUCACAUUUCAGUUAAGAAAAAGUGAAACCUAUUUUAGUUUAUGGUUUGGUUUAACAUUUCUUCAGUAUAAAUGAUUGCUGUAAGAACAGUUUUUGCUUUUUUGUUAAAAUUUAUUCUUCUUCCAUAACUGUUUAUUCUUUUGUAGUUGUUAGUGUUUAUUAUUAUUUUGUUUUUCUUCAGAAGUAAUGAACCUGUUUAACUGAAUGGUUCUUAUCUUUAUUUCUGAUUUUAAAUUGUCAAAAACUUCUCAGUCUGGAGGUGAAGUAUUGCUCAAUAAUCAAGUUAAGGUGUACUUGGCACCUUACUAAAUUGAAACUGUAUUUUGUACUAACUUGAGGAUAAAAGAUUUUUGAAGAGCAACAAGAUUUUUUUUAUGCCCCUGAAGGGAGGCAUAUUAGUUUUCAACUGUCCGUCUGUUAGUUCGUUCGUCACAACGUUAACUUUUUGCAUGAAGGCACUUUACUCGCGAACCCCUGCACCCAGGACCUUCAAACUUCACAUGCUGAUAGUACUUAUUUAGUAUACCACCCCUACUGACUUGGGGUCACCAGGUCAAAGGUCAAGGUCACAGGGGCAAACGUUAACUUUUUGCAUAAAGGCCUUUUACUUGCGAACCACUGCACCCAGGACCUUCAAACUUCACCUGCUGAUAGUUAUUAUUGAGUACAACACCCCUGCUGACUUUAGGGUCACCAGGUCAAAGGUCAAGGUCACAGGGGCCAACGUUAGCUUUUGGCAUGAAGGCACUUCACUCGCAAACCACUGCACCCAGGACCAUCAAACUUCACAUGCUGAUAGUACUUAUUGAGUAUACCACCCGUACUGACUUUGGGGUCACCAGGUCAAAGGUCAAGGUCACAGGGGCCAACAUUAACUUUUUGCAUGAAGGCACUUUACUCGCAAACCACUGCACCCAGGACCUUCAAACUUCACAUGCUGAUAGUACUUAUUGAGUACACCACCCCUACUGACUUUGGGGUCACCAGGUCAAAGGUCAAGGUCACGGGCCAACGUUUACUUUUUGCAUGAAGGCACUUAACUCGCAAACCACUGCACCCAGGACCUUCAAACUUCACAUGCUGAUAGUACUUAUUGAGUACACCACUCCUACUGACUUUGGGGUCACCAGGUCAAAGGUCAAGGUCACAGGGCCAACUUUAACUUUUUGCAUGAAGGCACUUUACUCGCGAACCACUUCACCCAGGACCUUCAAACUUUACAUGCUGGUAGUACUUUAUGAGUACACCAACCCUGCUGACUUUGGGGUCACCAGGUCAAAGGUCAAUGACACAGGGGCCAACGUUAACUUUUUGCAUGAAGGCACUUUACAUGCGAACCACUUCACCCAGGACCCUCAAACUUCACAUGCUGAUAGUACUUAUUGAGUACACCACCCCUACUGACUUUGGGGUCACCAGGUCAAAGGUCAAGGUGCUGCGGGGGCAUUUGUCACCAUUAGUGACAGCUCUUGUUUUUCAAGAUCUACAUUUUCGGGGAAAGUUGUUGUUAAUAGUGGUUAUGUAUUCUCAUUGCUGUAUUUGUAAUUGAAAUUCAUACAGAGGCCAUGGCUUGUUACAUACAGUUGUAAAUGUUUGAAUAAAUUGUUUUGUAAAGUUC